UUGCAUUUAAGUUUAGUAUCAAACGCCGAAAAUUUCAUGUGCACGCAGAGUUUUCUUCAAUAAUAACAAUAAUUACUAAAUAUUUAAGGCGAAAAUACAAUUAAUUUUAAUUUAUUUCUAAUUGAAAUGCAAAACAUUAUCGAAUUGUGAUCAAAAUAAAGCUAUUACAAGAAGUAAACAAACAAGCAUCGUGCCAAACUAAACUAGAUGUCAAAUUAAAAAGCAACAACAAAAGCACGAGGUUUUCUGACAACAAAAAUUGUUUGUGUGUAGAGAGAGGAAGCUAGAACUGUUGGUUGGUGGUGGUUAAUAUUGGUUUGGUGGUCGUCGUCUCGAACAAACGGCAAUAUUUUGCUUUGAGGAAAACUGUUGGCGUGGGAAAGUAGCAACUAGGACAAAAUGGUUCCCAUAGGACCAGUGCAUGGUGGUCAUCCCGGAGUGCAUGCUCCCCAACCCAUUCCACCGGCCGGACCCAAUACCCUUCAAUCUUCACAGUCGAGUGGUAACACAUCUGCUUCAUCCAACAAGUCCUCGUUGUCGAUUAAGCCGAAUUACACUUUGAAAUUUACUUUGGCCGGCCAUACUAAGGCCGUGUCUGCCGUGAAAUUCUCACCCAAUGGCGAAUGGUUGGCCAGUUCAUCGGCCGAUAAAUUAAUCAAAAUCUGGGGUGCAUACGAUGGCAAAUUUGAAAAAACCAUCUCGGGUCACAAGUUGGGCAUUUCUGAUGUGGCCUGGUCUUCCGAUUCAAGGCUUUUGGUAAGCGGUAGUGAUGACAAGACCUUGAAAGUAUGGGAGCUCAGCUCUGGAAAAUGCCUCAAGACCUUAAAGGGCCAUAGCAAUUAUGUAUUCUGCUGUAAUUUCAAUCCACAAUCUAAUCUCAUAGUAUCGGGUAGUUUUGAUGAGUCUGUACGCAUUUGGGAUGUACGAACUGGCAAAUGUUUAAAGACAUUGCCCGCCCACUCGGAUCCCGUGUCAGCAGUACAUUUCAAUCGCGAUGGUUCACUGAUUGUUAGCUCCAGUUAUGAUGGUCUCUGCCGCAUUUGGGAUACAGCCAGUGGCCAAUGUUUAAAGACUCUCAUAGAUGAUGAUAAUCCACCCGUUAGUUUUGUUAAAUUCUCUCCCAAUGGAAAGUACAUAUUGGCCGCCACCCUCGACAACACAUUGAAAUUGUGGGACUACUCCAAGGGAAAAUGCUUGAAAACCUAUACUGGACACAAAAAUGAGAAAUACUGCAUAUUUGCCAACUUUUCUGUGACAGGAGGAAAGUGGAUUGUAUCGGGCAGCGAAGACAACAUGGUUUACAUAUGGAAUUUACAGUCCAAAGAAGUGGUUCAAAAACUUCAGGGACACACAGAUACCGUUUUGUGUACGGCCUGUCAUCCCACAGAGAAUAUAAUCGCCUCGGCCGCUUUGGAAAAUGACAAAACCAUAAAACUAUGGAAAAGCGAUACAUAAUUAUUUAAGAAUUCUAUCAGCAGCAUAAUUUGUAUUUUAAUUUUAGUAAUUUUUCGUAUCUUAAGGCAUAAACAACAAAAAAGCAAGAAAUUGGCAUUAUUUCUUAAAAAUAAAAUUUCCAAAAUUUCAAAAUUUAGCAAAAAUUUGAAUUUUUAGUUUGUCCGACAGUUAAGGUGAGAUCAUUUGCAGUUGAAUAACUUUGAUUGUAUUUGAGAAAUUUGUUUGAAAAAUAAAGCAAAUAUUUUAAUAUCAA